CUUUGAGACAUCCCCGCCACGAUGGAAACUUAAGUCGCAAUAUCGCAAAAUCCCACAUCGCUGCUUAUCGUAUAUAAGUACCAUUCGCACGGUCUCGAAGUUCAGUCGAAUACGUAUUACCAGCACAAACUUCCAAUUGUUCGGAUUCACUCCUAAGAACUUAAACCCACCGGAAAUUAGUUUAUUCUCGAAUAUCCAAAGCAGUUUUAUUCAUGGAGAAUAAAAUAGAACCAAGUUUAAGAAACCUUCGCCGUCGUUCUUCAGCGUCCGAAAGGGCAAAGGAGAUAGAAGCGAUCAAUUGCAUUGUUUCUGGAAAAAAUGUUCUAAUAACUGGUGGUGCAGCAGGAUUGGGCUACGCCUUUCUUAAUCAUUUCUUGAAGCACGGAGCAAAAAAAAUAAUUAUAUUGGAUAUCGAUGCUGAAACCGGCAAACGAAUUACGCUCGGCGUCGAAAAAUCUUGCGGCGAGAAAAAAGUACACUUCAUACAUACCGACGUAUCUAAUCACAAACAUGUGACUGAAGCUUUUGAAGAAGCAUCAACGCUAUUAGGAAAUAUUGACAUCGUGAUAAACAACGCUGGAGUUUUAGAUGAACGAAGAUGGGAGAAGGAAAUCUCGGUUAACAUUGGAGGCAUGGUCAGCACUGCGAUGUUAGCUGUGCAAUAUAUGAGCAGAGAUACGGGUGGCCAUGGUGGUAUCUUGGUAAACGUGAGCCAGCAUGUGGAUAUUCGAAAUACAGCCCAACUUCCGGUUUACACUGCCACGAAGCAUGCCGUUAUUGGUCUAUCGCAGUCUCUAUCGGAUCCCUAUCACUAUGAGAAGACCGGUGUUACCAUAAUAACUUUGUGUCCAGGAUUAACGGAAACCGCUCUAACAGUAGAUAGUCCUAAUAAACUUCUUUCCAGAGUCAUGAAGGCAGAUUUUGUUAAGAAUCUUGAACAGUUUCCAAUACAAACACCUUACAUAGUCGCGCAAGGCCUGAUGACGAUAUUGAGGAUCGGUGAAUCUGGCAGUAUUUGGGUUAUCGAAAGCGGCAAAGCGCCUUAUGAGGUUUAUGUACCGAAUCCGCGUACUCUGCGUCGUCAUUAUAAGAACAACUUCUCACACGUCGAUACCAAGGUCGCGAGAGGUCGCCCGAUAAGAGAAGUCUGCGAUAGUACGAGGACAGGUCUGAUGAGUUGUGCCUGAUAAUCGGCAAGCGCAUGACCGUGAUCUCUCACUCUGUUUAGGGCUGAAAUCUUCGAUCCACGUGUGACGAACGUCAUCCGAAGACUAUAUUAGAAGAUAUUUCACAUGUAGAUCAGUGUAACCGGAAGUGCAGAACAGAAGCGAUGCAGUCGAAGCGAUAUUUCGCGGGAAAUAACAUUCCCGAGAUUCUCCGUAGAUAUAAUUUUGUAUUACAAAAUUUCAUGCAUAUUUUCUUUCUCCUCAAUCAUCCAACUGUAUUUACUGGUUACGUCAUAGUUUCCUUAAAUACACGCAACAUAUUCAACCUUUUUCAUUUCUUAUUAAUAACGCCAGAUUGUAUGAAGGUGUCUGUGAUAAAAAAAUUUUAUAAUAAAUAUUUUUUUUUUUUUAAAUAAACUAAUCUGAAAAUAAGACCUUCAAAAAUGUCAUGUAUUAUAAGUUUCGUACCGAAUUUUUAAGAUAACUCAUUAUAUCCUGCAAACUAUAAUACAAAUCGUUAUAAAUGGCGA